AUAGGCAGCGUAUCAUUCAUUGUUUUGUCUGAUCUCUGACGCGCGCGAGUGACUGCGUUGUUAGGUAUUAAUGAGAGCUUUAGUGGUAUCAAAUGGAUAAAUUGGCGGUGAAUCAAAACGACCCGCUGCACGAAAUACUCUCCAUCGCCAACUCCUUCACAACGCAUGCUAGUCCAGAUAACGAUAAUGUGUGCCCUAGCGACGCUAAUGGAGGAAAUAAUGUCCUACAUCAUCAUCACUCAGAGCAGCAAGAUAUUCGCAAUAUGAAAAACAGACUACCGACGCCUCGGGCAGAUGACCAGGUCGUCUCUCCUAAUGCUGCCGGUUAUAGUGUUAAUGGCCCCUACCGUCUAUACACAGUUCUGCACAAUAAUAACAACAUCGAGGGCUGGCAACCUACCCUUCAGGCAGAUAAAGGCGGGGUUGUGCGCCUGGCGGACCAUGGAAGUGGUGGUGUCGUUUUCCAUCAGACGAACACAGACCCGUGGAAUACUCACAAGGUGGAAACGCGGAUUCCAGAACUUCGUCCCUUUCUCUACCAGGAAAGGUCUGGGCAUCAUAUGGCAAUCACCCCUGGGAAUGAUAUCAAUGGUAUGCAGAGGGUGGAUCAAAGGACUCUUCAGGGUGUUCCAUGUGAGCCGAGCAUGGUCGAAAACCAGCGUACGCAUCCCGUGUCCUAUCCUACUUACAUUACCCUGGGACCUUUGCGCGAUGAUUUUGAGGCUCUACGUCCCCACGGCCCGAUCCUCGACCUGGCCUCCUCCCAUCCAGGCUACUCUAAGAGUGUAGAUUCUACACCGUCGUACUCCUUCAUUCUGACGAACAAUCCUGUGCCGCAUACACAGGAGCCCCGUCGCGAUCUUAUGGGCCACUGGGCAUCAAAUGAUUCAUUCCAGAAUAGGAUGGAUUAUCAUGCUGGAUUUGGGCGUGUGUUAACUCCACAGAACAUGGAUAAUGCACAGAAUAUUUCGGUUGGGGUCUCUGGAAUACCUAAUUUCGGCACAAAUUCUUUAGUUUUGCCACUUCCUAAAAAACGACCAGAUACGGAAAACUCGCUUCAAAAUCCUUCAAUUCCGAAGCUAUUUAAAAAAGAGGAACACGAAAAUAAUUUGUUAAAGACUCUCCAUACACCGGAUGAGGAUACAAAGUUAGAGAAAAAUGGUCCAAGACAAAUGCUCUAUGAAUGUAGCGAGUGUCACCUGCGAAUUAGUAAUCAUACGGGACUGAAUCAUCACAUGAAAAUCCACCGUAACGGCGACUGCGAGAAGUGGAUAAUUAUAUGUGCCAUUUGUCGUGAGGUUGCAAGCAACUUGCAGAAACUGGACAAACAUUUGGAGCAGCAACACCAGAUACCUACAUUCCGGCGCAGAGUACUCGCUCCAAAAGCGAAGCGCAAUGAAAAUGGCCGCUAUGAAUGCCCCAAAUGUAACAAGGUUUUCCGCAAGCAUGAAAAUCACAAAGAGCACUUGAGGAUCCAUACGGGAGAAAUGCCAUUUGAGUGCAGUUUUUGUAAAAAAAAAUACCGUGCCCAAGGAGCCUAUGCUCUUCACGUAAAAUCCCACAACACAAAGAAACAAGUCUGCACACCUAUAGUGUCGAAUUCCUAAUGUAAAAUGUAUUUGGUUAAUGUAUCGUAUAUUAUGCAGGCGAUGAGUCACAAUAACGUGGCUGAAGUAUGUUGACCAGACCACACACUAGAAAUUGAAGGGACGACGACGUUUCGGUCCGUCCUGGACCAUUCUCAAGUCGUUCUCACAAUCGACUUGAGAAUGGUCCAGGACGGACCGAAACGUCGUCGUCCCUUCAAUUUCUAGUGUGUGGUCUGGUCAACAUAUCGUAUAUUAACUGAUAUCCAGUACGGGUCACUGGCCAUCUUAAAAUACUAGACAUUUGGUGCCUGGAGACAUUUAAAAGUCGAUUAGAAACUAAACUAAGCAGAUUUAUAAUGUAUCUGAUUGUAUUACCGUUAUCUCGCAACUAAAUCCCAUUGGCGCAGCGUUACACACUCGCCCCACUUCGCAAUUGAUUUGGCCUAGGUUCGCAUCCUGGCCGAGGAUAUAUAUACGCAUUUGUUCACCCAGCAGUGAGUGGGUACUUGGGUGGGUGUAAAUCUGAAAGCAACAUUUAAUUACUAAUUAUUGGUUAUUAUUUAAUGAAAUUAUAAAAUAUUAGAUGUAAUAAAUUAUAUUAUUA